UAAGUGGGGGUAGUUGGGUAGUUAUAAUAAUCACACAAAAGAUUAGGUUAGUGGGAAUGUGUCAAACAACAAAAGAAAAAUUAGUAUUAAUUAGUCAACAUUCACUUACAGUGAUAAUUGCUAAGUAAUAGCAUCAUAUGCGGGAUACUUAAGCAGCAGAGAAUAGAUUUUAUAAUAAUAAGUUAACAGUGAUAAGAAACAACUGAAUCAAAAAUAAUUUUAAAAUGGAAGGUGGACCAAAUAUUCAAGAAAAGGAUGAUGAACCUGUAGCUCCCCGGGGUUUCUUUAAUUUCCUUUGUCACCCCUUAGGUUCUGGCCAUAGGUUUAUAGCUUUAAUAUUCAUGUGUUUCCUAAGUUUUGGUUCCUAUUUUUGUUAUGAUAACCCUGCUGCCUUACAAGAUAAAAUAAAAGAAAACCUAGAUUUAUCUGAGGUGCAAUAUACCUCUUUAUAUUCAGUAUAUUCUUGGCCCAAUGUUGUAUUAAAUAUUAUAGGAGGUUUCCUUAUAGAUCGAGUGUUUGGUAUAAGAUGGGGAACAAUUGUCUAUAUGAGUUUAACUCUUCUCGGACAAUUAAUUUUUGCUACAGCUGCCACAACUGGUCAAUAUUGGAUGAUGCUUAUUGGGCGAUUCGUUUUCGGAAUCGGAGCAGAGUCCUUGACAGUUGCUCAAAAUAAUUACGCCGUGCUGUGGUUCAAAGGAAAAGAACUGAACAUGGUUUUCGGACUUCAGCUCAGUUUUGCUAGGGUUGGCAGUACAGUGAACUUCUUGGUGAUGGAAAGCUUGUACUCAGCUGUUUCCAAAAUAACUUCAGACGGACACUACAUUAUAGGACUUGUGCUGUAUAUCGCUGCCUGUACUUGUAUCGUAUCAAUGAUCUGUGCUAUUGUGAUGGCAAUUUUCGACAAACGUUCCGAAACCAUUUUGGGCCGAAACAAUAAUCCAUCUGGAGAAACCGUAAAAUUGACAGACGUCAAGGACUUCUCGCUGGCUUUUUGGCUUGUUUGCGUCAUCUGCGUAACGUUUUACUGCGCCAUCUUUCCAUUCAUAUCGAUAGCAAAGCAAUUCUUCGAAGAUCGGUUUGGUUAUACUUCGGAACAAGCAAAUGAUAUAAGCAGUAUUGUGUACAUUAUCUCCGGUGUAGCUUCGCCGAUUUUAGGUUUUCUAGUCGAUAAAUCAGGUAUGAAUAUAUAUUGGAUAUUGGUGGGGGUUUCUGGGACAACUCUAUCACACGUUCUACUCGGAUUUACCAACAUUAGUCCUUAUGUUGCUAUAGCCAUCAUGGGUUUGGCUUACUCAAUUUUAGCCAGUAGUCUGUGGCCUCUGGUAUCCUUGAUCAUACCUGAGUACCAGCUUGGAACUGCAUAUGGAGUAGCUGGUUCGAUUCAAAAUCUGGGAUUGGCCCUCUUUAAUAUAUUUUGUGGUCUAAUAAUUGACAAAUUUGGAUAUACCGGCGUAGAAAUCUUUUUCAUAGCAAGUUUAAUAGCGGCUUUUAUUUCUUCGGUGGGACUCUUAUUCCUGGAUAGAAUUGAUAAUGGACUGCUAAACAAGACUCCUGGAGGAAGGUCAAGGCAUCAUAUCAUACACGGGGACACUCAAAAGUUGGUAGAUCCAGACGCAGAAGCAACAGCAAAUUCCUCAGAUCACCAUGAACCUUCAGACUUCGAUAUACGCAAUAGGUAUUUAUCAAGAAUUGGUGCCCCUCUCCCCUCAGCUUACGAUAUAGACGUCAAAGGAAUCUAGCUCAUAUUGAAUUUUGUCGAUAUUUACUUUUUAUAUUUUAACUUUAGAAACUACUAGAACUUCAAUUUAUUUGCUCAAAAGUUCUAGUAAAUAGUUCAAUUUAAAAAAGGGGCACCUUUCGUACCGGUUUAUUGUACUUUUAUUAUACAGUGUGUACAAAAAGUAAUGUAUAUUGGUCCUUUACUGUCAAAUUCGUUGCACUUCCUCAAAUUUGACGUUGUCAUUGUAAAUACAGUUUGUUACCUCAGUGUUAGUCAACUGGUUUCAAACUAAUAUUUUGUCACUAAGUUUGUUGGCAAUGGUACUUUUGAAUAAUUACAUUAAUAAUUAAGAGAUUAUUUAUAAUUUGAAUAUAUUUUUCUAUGUA